CGGAGGAUGACGUCUUUGCGUUCUGUCCGCCCCGCUACCGUGAAACCGUCAAAAAAAAUGCGGCGAGCGGAUUUUACGUUAGAUCACGUGACCUUCGGCCAUCCAAUAGCAAAGCUCAUCAAAAAAUGGCCGUUGUAGGCUGAGGCGUGGAUUUCUGGUUGAUUGUAGAUUUCUGUAAUACAGGUCCUAUUGCGUUGUUCGUUGGAUGUCCCAUCCUCUUGAUUGUAUUGACUUACUCUGUGUAAUCCGCCUUGAGUUCUGGCCAGAAUGCUGCAAGUGAAAAUCCUUGGGGCUUGGUUGAAAAGCAGAUGCAGACCCACCUAUUCGUACAUACUCAGUCGCUUAUUGCAAAAACAGGCUCAGAACUGGCCCCGGAAUUUUAGCACAACUUGUACAAAGUGUUCCAAGUCUCGGCGGUUGGGACAUAAAAGAAACAUUUCGGAAAAGAAGCUGACCCGAUGCUUUGUAGACCAUCGGAAAGUGUAUGUGAUAGCAGGAAAGGGAGGUGAUGGGAUUAGCUGUUUUCACAGCGAACCUAGAAAAAUAUAUGGAGGUCCUGAUGGUGGAAACGGAGGAGAUGGAGGGCAUGUUAUCUUGAAAGUGGAUCAGCAAAUCAGAUCCUUGUCUUCAGUUCUCCCAAUCUAUCGAGGUAUCAGUGGAGAAAAAGGGGGAAGCAAAAACUGUUAUGGUUCUGCUGGUCUGAAUAUUUACAUUAAGGUUCCCAUCGGUACUGUGGUGAAGGAGGAUUGCAGAGUUGUGGCUGAUCUCAACCACCAUGGGGAAGAAUAUGUUGCAGCCUAUGGGGGUUCUGGGGGGAAAGGCAAUCGUUUCUUCCUGGACAAUGACAAUCGAGCACCCAAAACAGCUACUGAAGGAGAACCAGGUGAAGAAAGAGUGCUACAUUUGGAACUCAAGACUAUGGCCCAUGCAGGGAUGGUAGGAUUCCCUAAUGCUGGGAAGUCUUCAUUGUUAAGAGCCAUCUCCAAUGCAAAACCGGCAGUGGCGGCUUACCCAUUCACAACUUUAAAUCCUCAUGUAGGCAUCGUCCAUUAUGAAAACUAUGAGCAAGUUGCAGUUGCCGAUAUCCCUGGCAUAAUAAAAGGAGCCCAUGCAAACAGGGGCCUUGGCUUUGCCUUCCUGAGGCACAUUGAACGCUGCCGCUUUCUUCUGUACGUGCUGGAUCUUUCUGUGCCCGAGCCGUGGACUCAGCUCCAAGACUUAAAAUAUGAACUGGAGCAGUAUGAAGAAGGCUUGUCGAAGAGGCCUCAUGCUAUCGUUGGAAAUAAGCUUGAUCUUCCGCAGUCUAAAUGCAAUUUACCUCUUCUUAAGGAGCGGGUACAACACAGAGUCAUCCCCCUAUCUGCUUUGACAGGAGAAAAUCUAGAGGAAUUGUUCUUACAUCUGAAAGUACUGUAUGAUGAUUAUGUAAAAACUGAAGAAGCACAGAAGCAUAAACCUCUAAAAUGGUAGCUGGUAACAAAGCUCCAAGAGGAACUGCAUUGAGGUGGGUGGAACCAGGGGGAAGGGAGGAAAUCUGUAUUAUUUUAAGACUUGUGUCUGUUGAGCUCUUGACCAUAGGAUUUUCUUUCCUCUCAAAGCUUAAGACAUACGCAGAUAAAUAAGUUGUUUCUUCUAAGUUGGAGGUGAGAGAAAAGAGAAUUCCUAAACAGUUCUUCAGUCAAUCUAGUUUGCAGUAUGUUACACUGAAUAUGGGCUUCUGGGAACAGAAAAUAUCCUCAUGUUAACAGUUGUAACCUCAGUUAAAUCCUUUGCCCAACCCAGGCAGUCACGUUUCCAUUCAGACUAAAGGCCAAACGAGACAUGUGGUUUUUUAGAGAUUUGGGUUCCCUGCAGUCACACGGCAGUUGCAAGGAACGGCCGUUAAAAAGGAGAGCCCGUUUGAGUUCAGAAUGUUGCAGUAGGGCGGGGAAGAGCUCCUGCCUCACUCCCCCAGCUGUUUUCCUGCAAUGAAUCAGUUCUAGUGUGUGGAGAGGAGGCACAUGCACCCCUUUUUUGCUGCUCCACAUGGGAUAUUCUGUGCAUGUAGAGCAGCAACAGCAGGGAAAUAGCUACCCCCCCAACACUGUUUUGGUACAAGCAAAAGGCUUGAGGGAGAAGGCAAGAGUCCAUCCUCCCCUGAUGGUGGUGUUCUAAGCCCAAAUGGGCUCUCCUUUAUUUUUUUUAACAAGCAUUCCCCACAGCUGCUAUGUGGCUGUGGAGAAACCAGACCCAACUACAUAUAUAAUUUGGCACUGAGGUAUGAAAUAUAACAUUUCUGCAGCUCCCUGUGUUUAUACAUUCCCUUCAAUGAUCUGAACUUACCAUGGUUUCCUCCUGAUAUUUAAUGUUACAGCACCCACUGUUCCAUUUAUCCAAACUCAUUAAGUGAGUGAAAUUGAGUACCAUUUGUUGUAGAAUAAUCAAGGCCUUGGAGAAGCACAAUAAAGAAAUAAGCCCUUAAAAAACA